UCUUCCUGGAGAGAUUGCUCAGUUGGAACAAAGAGAGGAAGAACAGCUCUCUGAAGGCCACGUGGACCUAAGAGAAUGGAACGACAGGGCCAGGUACUUCCUCUCCUGCAGGAGGGGAGCACCAAGAGGAGGAUCAGCCACUUGCAGGUUGAGGGUGCAGGUCAGUUGAAACUGUCAAUAGAUAAACAAGACCGAGUUUUGCUUCUUCAUAUCAUAGAAGCCAGAGAUCUCAUGGCCAAAGACUCUCGACCUUGUGAUGCUUAUGUGAAGGUGUCUGUGGUACCUGAUAAUGAUCGAAAACGGAGGCAGAAAACUCAGACCAUCCCAGACUGUAAAAAUCCAGCUUUCCGUGAACGUUUUUUCUUUCCCAUCCAAGAGGCAGAUGAGCAGAAACGGCUUCUGGUUGCUGUAUGGAACAGAGAGAGAGACCAUCGGCAGAGUCAACUUAUUGGCUGCAUGAGCUUUGGGGUGAAGUCUCUCUUGGACCCUGACAAGGAGAUCAGUGGCUGGUAUUAUCUUCUGGGACAGGACCUGGGCCGCACAAAACAUCUUAAGGUGGCGACUCGGCGGUUGAAGCAGAGCAGAGAUCUAUUAUUUAAAGAGGCUGAGCUGGCAUUGAAACAUGUGGACACAGAAAACAUGCAGUUAUUCAAGAUCACCAUCCCGAGGGGAAGGGACGGCUUCGGUUUCACCAUUUGCUGUGACUCUCCUGUUCGAGUUCAAGCUGUAGAUUCUGGGGGCCCCGCAGAGCGGGCAGGGCUGCAGCAGCUAGACACGGUGCUACAGUUGAACGAGCAGCCCGUGGAACACUGGAAAUGUGUGGAGCUGGCACAUGAGAUCAGGAAUUGCCCUGGUGAGAUCAUCUUGCUAGUGUGGCGCAUCAUCCCUCAGAUCAAACCUGGGCCUGAUGGUGGUGUUCUCCGAAGGGCCUCCUGCAAGUCAGCUCAUGACCUCCAGUCACCACCAAAUAAACGGGAGAAGAACAGUAUCCUGGGUAGCAGGCCUGAGCAGCGCCGCAGCUGUCACCUGGUGUGUGACAGCUCUGAUGGGCUACUUGUGGGUGGCUGGGAGCGCUAUAGUGAAGUGGGGAAACGAACCCAGCACACUUUGCCACCGUUGUCCCGGGCUUCAGCUCCCACUGACCCCAACUACAUCAUCUUGGCCCCUUUGAACCCUGGGAGCCAGCUCCUGAGGCCCUUGUAUCAAGAGGACAGCAUCCCAGAGGAUACAGGAAACACUAGCAAAGGGAAGUCUCACACAGGCCUGGGGAAGAAGUCCAGACUGAUGAAGACAGUGCAGAAUGUGAAAGGCUAUGGGAACUACCAGAACUGUACCAUCAUGAAGCCCCACAGCCCACAUUCAAGCUAUGGCACCUAUGUGACACUGGCUCCCAAAGUCUUGGUGUUUCCUGUUUUUGUGCAGCCCCUAGAUCUCUGUAACACAGCUCGGACUCUGUUGCUGGCUGAGGAGCUUAUGCUUUAUGAGGGGAGAAACAAAACUUCCAAGGUGACACUGUUUGUGUACUCUGACCUGUUGCUCUUCACCAAGGAGGAUGAGCCAGGACGAUGUAAUGUCCUGAGGAACCCGCUCUACCUCCAGAGUGUGAAACUACAGGAAGGUUUGUCAGAAGACUUGAAAUUCUGUGUACUCUAUUUGGCAGAGAAGGCGGAGUGCUUAUUAACUUUGGAAGCAUACUCACAAGAGCAGAAGAAGAGGGUGUGUUGGUGCCUGUCUGAGAAUAUUGCCAAGCAGCAACAGCCGGCAGCAGCGCCACCAAAGAGCAAGAUGCUUGAGACAGACGCAGAUGAAAGAAAAGAGAUGCCUUCUGAGGAGGAGGUACCCCCUUCUACUGAGGUGGGGGCUAGUGGGGCACCUGAGGAACCAGGGCCCCCUGAGAGCAACCGUUCCCAGAAGGAGGCGCUUGCAGGGGAGGCCACAAGCCUGGAGGUGCCCCUGCCUGCUGAGGGGGCGGCCAAUGGGGCACCUGAGGGACUUAAGCCUCCAGAGAACAACCCAUCCCAAGUGGAGGCGUCUGCAGGGGAGGCCACAAACCUGGAGGUGCCCCUGGCUGCUGAGGGGGUGGCCAAUGGGGCACCUGAAGAACCUGGGCCUCCUGCCGGUGACUGUUCUCCAGGGGAAGUACCCACAGAGGAGGCUGCAGGCUCUAGGGCCCCUCCCUUAACUGACAAGCAGCCCUUUGUGAUCCCUGAGGUCCGCCUGGACCACACCUUCAGUCAGAGCUUAGGGGCAGAAGGGAUAGAGCAGGAUGGUGCCCUGGAUGAAGAGGCUGAGGAAGAGGAGGAAGAAGUCGAGGGUGAGGAGGGCUAUGAGGAUGAGGACGACGAGAGUGACGACAACUACCUGGACCGAAACGAGGCAAAGCGGUGCAGCAUGAUCGAGACGUCGGGCACCGAAGGGGCCUUCAUGCUGACGGUGCAGAGCUCCCUGCGGCGCCGCACCCACAGCGAGGGCAGCCUCCUGCAAGAGCCCAAGAGCCACUGCUUCACCUCGGACACCACCCUCAACUGCUCCGAUGGUGAUGGCAAGAAGAGCGACUGGGCCCUGGCCUCCCCCAGGACCAUGAAGAAGGAGCUGGCGCGCAACGGGGGCUCCAUGCACCACCUCUCCCUCUUCUUUACAGGACACAGAAAGCUGAGCGGGGCUGAGGCAAGCUGUGAUGAUGGUGCUGAGGCGUCUCAGAAGAGGAGCAAAAAACUGGCUAAAGAUAUGAAGAACAGAUUGGGGAUUUUCCGGAGAAGAAAUGACUCUCCUGGGGGCAAUGUGGCUGGCAAGGCGGACAAAGGGAUGAAAUCCUUGAAGCCCACCUCUGAGGAGGCACUCAAGUGGGGAGAGUCUCUGGAGAAACUGCUGUCGCACAAAUAUGGACUAGCAGUGUUUCGUGCCUUCCUCCGAACAGAGUUCAGUGAAGAGAACUUGGAAUUUUGGCUGGCAUGUGAGGAUUUCAAGAAAGUCAAGUCCCAAUCCAAGAUGGCAUCCAAGGCAAAGAAGAUCUUUGCAGAAUAUAUUGCCAUCCAGGCAUGUAAAGAGGUGAACCUGGACUCCUACACACGGGAGCACACCAAGGACAACCUGCAGAAUGUCACCAGGGGCUGCUUUGACCUGGCCCAGAAGCGGAUCUAUGGGCUUAUGGAGAAGGACUCCUAUCCUCGUUUCCUGCGCUCAGAGCUCUACUUAGACCUCAUUAACCAGAAGAAGCUGAGCCCUCCAUUGUAGGGGGACUCCCUCUCCCCUCCCCCAGGCAGCCUAGGGGAGACGAAUGUUUACACGAAGCCAGCCCAGCAGGUGGCCUGCCCUCUCCCUCCCCACCCUCUUGAGGAUGGCUGAGAGAAUGGGCCGCUCUGUUGCCUGUGACUCCUCGAAGCCAUAUCUCUGUUGGACGGGCCCAUGGACAUAUGAGAAGCCUGAGGCCUGGACUACAAGAGUCCCUGGGGACUUGAGAAGCCAGUGGGCUAGUGCCAUGCGUGUUGGCACCCUGCCCCCACCCCCAGUGCCUCUCUCUGGUACGACGAUGCCUGCCCCCAGGGUUGGGCCUAUGGGCGUGGCACAUAGGCAGGACUUUGGUACAGGCUGAAAGGUUCUUGUCCAGGCAGCAAGGAGCCAGGGGCAGGUGUGAAGCUGGGGGGACAGGGGACCAACCAGUACAGGAACCUUACCUCUAACUUAUGAGCCCCGCCAAGCAUCCCCCAGCAUGGGCUUGCUCCUCCCCCCCUUCUGGGUCACUUCACAGUGAUGGAGGCCUUGAAAGAACUGGGUAGGAGAAGGUGGGAGAGGGGAAGGUAUUCCCUGGCCAGGCGGCAGGUGCUCAGGUGACUUAUCCUGUAGGUUUUGGCCUCCAGGUGCCAUCCUUUGGGGCCCUGGUGCUUAGCGCCCUGACAUCCCCACCCUGGGCCCUGGCCUCAGGAUUUUAUUUAUUUCAACACUGUAGCCGAAUGCUUGAUGCAUUGUUCUGUAAUAGGAAAUCCUUGCCUCUUUAUUUUCUUAAUUUACAAGUGCAAUAUUUUAAAUAUGUUUUCGUGGGAAGCUACAAAGCAGAAUGACCGUUCUAUUUUAAGAAGGUGUACACACUUUUAUA